GAACAGAGACGAGAGAGAGAGAGAGAGAGAGAGAGAGAGAGAGAGAGAGAGAGAGAGAGAGAGAGAGAGAGAGAGAGAGAGAGAUCUUCUUUAGCUUUAUCCCCUCCUGCAAGCGAACACGCUCUCAAACUAACUCUUCAACCAUCGAUGAAGCGAUCAAUCAACGAAGUCUCCGCAUCCACGCCCUUGAACUCACUCGACUCCGCCAAUCCUAAAAAGCCCGUCUUCCUCACCAAAGCCCAGCGCGAAGAACUAGCCCUAAAACGCCGCCAAGAUCAAAUCUCCGAUCAACGCCUCCGCCGCGAACAACCAAAUCACUCUAAUCCGGAAACCGAAGACGCCAACGGCGACCACAGUAAUCACCGAGAUCGUGACCUAGACCGCGAUAGGGAGAGAGACAGAGGACGCGAUAGAGACAGAGGGCGCGAUCGCAAACGCGAUCGCGAGCCAGACCACCGGCGAAUCCGAGAACGGGAGAGAGAGGAGGAAGCCAAGGCACGCGAGGCGGCGCGCGCGGAGAAGCUAGUGGAGCGGGAGCGGGAGAAGGAGCUGGACGCGAUCAAGGAGCAGUACCUGGGAGGGAAGAAGCCGAAGAAGAGAGUCAUAAGGCCGAGCGAGAAGUUCCGCUUCUCCUUCGACUGGGAGAACACCGAGGACACCUCUCGCGACAUGAACGCGCUCUACCAGGACCCCCACGAGGCCCAGCUCCUCUUCGGCAGAGGCUUCCGCGCCGGCAUGGACCGCCGCGAGCAGAAGAAGCAGGCCGCCAAGCACGAGAGGGACACGCGAGACGAGAUCCGCAGGAAGGACGGCGUGGCGGAGAGACCCGAAGAGGCAGCUGCUCAGAAGGUGAGAGAAGAAGCUGCUGACGCGUACGACUCGUUCGACAUGAGGGUUGAUAGGCAUUGGACUAAUAAGAGGCUGGAGGAGAUGAGCGAGAGGGAUUGGCGUAUCUUCAGAGAAGACUACAACAUCUCUUACAAAGGCUCUAGGAUCCCUCGUCCGAUGAGGAGCUGGGAGGAGAGCAAACUGACUUCCGAGCUUUUGAAAGCUGUGGAGAGAGCUGGAUACGAGAAGCCUUCUCCUAUCCAGAUGGCAGCUAUACCGCUUGGGCUGCAACAGCGUGACGUUAUCGGCAUUGCGGAGACUGGUUCUGGAAAGACUGCUGCUUUUGUGCUGCCCAUGUUAGCUUACAUAUCUAGGUUACCGCCUAUGAGCGAGGAGAACGAAACGGAGGGUCCUUACGCUGUGGUUAUGGCACCUACUAGGGAGCUUGCUCAGCAGAUUGAGGAGGAAACUGUUAAGUUUGCGCAUUAUCUAGGCUUUAGGGUGACUUCUAUUGUGGGUGGUCAGUCCAUUGAGGAGCAAGGGUUGAAGAUAACGCAAGGGUGCGAGAUUGUGAUCGCCACUCCUGGUCGUUUGAUUGAUUGUCUUGAGAGGCGGUAUGCUGUGUUGAACCAGUGUAACUACGUGGUUCUUGAUGAGGCGGAUCGGAUGAUAGACAUGGGGUUUGAACCUCAGGUUGCUGGUGUGUUAGAUGCGAUGCCUUCGAGUAACUUGAAACCCGAGAACGAAGAAGAGGAGCUUGACGAGAAGAAGAUUUACAGAACAACGUAUAUGUUCAGUGCUACAAUGCCUCCUGGUGUAGAGCGGCUAGCUAGGAAGUACUUGAGGAACCCUGUUGUUGUCACCAUUGGUACUGCAGGAAAGGCCACGGAUUUGAUUACUCAGCACGUGUUCAUGAUGAAAGAAUCUGACAAGUCCUUCAGGUUGCAGAAACUGCUCGAUGAGCUCGCCGACAAAACCGCCAUUGUCUUUGUCAACACAAAGAAAAACUGCGACUCCAUUGCUAAGAAUCUGGACAAGGCAGGGUACCGCGUCACGACUUUACACGGUGGGAAGUCUCAAGAGCAGAGAGAGAUCAGCUUAGAAGGGUUCAGAGCGAAGAGAUACAACGUUCUUGUUGCAACAGAUGUUGUAGGACGUGGAAUCGAUAUUCCAGACGUGGCUCAUGUCAUAAACUAUGACAUGCCUAAACAAAUAUCGACGUAUACGCAUCGUAUUGGACGUACAGGACGUGCUGGGAAAAGCGGUGUUGCUACUUCGUUCCUGACUCUUCAUGAUACUGAAGUGUUCUAUGAACUGAAGCAGAUGCUUGUUCAGAACAACAGUGCGGUGCCUCCAGAGCUGGCUAGGCAUGAAGCGUCCAGAGUCAAACCGGGGACCGUUCCUGAUAGACCUCCAAGACAUAGUGACACUGUCUAUAUAAACUGAGCUCCGCUAGGGUCUGUGUUUGUUCUUGAAGUUUCCGUGUCACGUUUACCUUUUGGGAUAGAGUCUCAAGUGAUAUCAUGGGUUUAGAGUUUAGACGCAUGUUAUGUCUUUUAUGUUUUGUAGUUUGAUAGUUGAAGGAAGCAGUAGCAAGUGGGAUAGUUGAAAACUUGACUUUUGAAUUAUUUAGUGCUGAUUCUGUUUA